GAAUCGGAUGGAAGGAAGGCAGCCAGGCAGGCCCCGCUGGCCGACUGACCGUCCUCGACGUCUGUUAUACCUUUACUCCGGUCUGCGCGUUCUUCAGGAACGUACGUGCCGUUCUCCCUAACCGCGCGACACCGCCUCCUCGCUAAAAGGCAGACGUCAACCGUGACCGACUCGGUGCAACGUGCAUUCUCUGGUUCCGCUAAGAAAUUUUCGUUGGUUCACGAUAAGAGUCAAAGCAGAGGCUGUUCUCUGUUAGUUUGUUGCAUCCUGCGCUUGUUCGAGGAUUCAGUUUUUAUUCGUCGACCCAGGUGAACGGUAUAUAAACCAGUGAUAAUGGCUCAGCUGAUCAGCGUCAAGCUCUCCAGGUUCGAUGGAUCCCCGUGGGGCUUCCGUCUUCAGGGUGGAAAGGACUUUGGCACCCCCCUGGUCGUGCAGAAGGUUAACAGUGGCUCGCCAGCGGAAGCAGCUGGUCUGAAGGCUGGGGACUCGGUCAUCAGGGUGAACAACACCGACAUGUACAACCUGAGGCACAAGGACGCGCAGGAUGUCAUCGUCAGGGCUGGAAAUAAUUUUGAGCUAACUAUACAAAGGGGUGGCGGUACCUGGAAGCCGCACGUGUCCCCGUUGAACUCCACCCUUCCGUCGCCAUCGCCCACCGGCUCCAUUGGUAACAUUGUUCCAGUUACGAAGACAUCCUUGGCAGCCAAGAAGCAAGACGGAUCGCACAUCGGAAGCGGCCACAACUUCAGUCCAAAGCCAUUCCUGAACGGGACCAGCGACGGUUCGAUCAAGUCCAUCGUGAACAAACAGUACAACAGUCCUGUGGGCAUCUACAGCGAGGAAACCAUCGCGGAAACACUCUCUGCGCAGGCGGAAGUCCUGGCUGGAGGUGUUCUCGGGGUGAACUUCAAAAAGAAUGAGAAGAACUACAACGCCGAGAACAGCGAAGUGUUCAAAAUGGUCCAAGAAGCGGACAAAGAGCCAAAGACACCGGAGCCUGUUUCUUCGAGAACAGAGUUUUACUCGUCGGUGAGCCACGCCGUUGGCGGAAGAGCCACCUCGCCGAGAUCACCCACGCCACUGUUUCACGCUCUCCGGGGCGUUGGUGGUCCUGCCUACAAUUCCAAUGAAUGCUCGUCGAAACGUCUGCCGCAAAGACAGGAGUCCUCAUCUCCCUCUUGGGGCCCGUCAACCGUCGUUUGUAGCAACUGCGACCGAGCGAUCGUGGGUGUCUUCGUGAGGAUCAAGGAGAAGAACCUUCACGUGGAGUGCUUCAAAUGCUCUACCUGCGGCACAUCAUUGAAGAACGUUGGUUACUACAACAUCAACAACAAACUAUACUGCGACAUUCACGCGAAAUUGGUCGCCAGGCAAAACGCACCUUCGGGCCUUGUUCCAAUCACCGUGCCACCAGGCGGAAAGGCUCCGGCUAGCACCAUUUCCGCUGCCCUGGUGAACGCACCGUUGUCUCCACCCCUAAGCAAUCACGCUUCGUCGCCCCUACCAUUUUCGGCGUGCAAUCGUACGAGCCCCGAUUACGGAUCCCAGAAUCUUCAGGUGUCGUCCCUGAAUAGGAACGGAUGCAUCACGAACGGCGAAUGCCACUGGGAAUCGAAAACCUUCACGAGCUCGAUCACCAUACAGACGGGUUGCACAGAGCCCACCCGCCUUGGCACAUCGCCCGUCGAUCCACCCAGUUUCCGAUCAGUCCAGGCGCCGUCCAACAAUCUAAUUGGUCCCAAGCCUUUCGGAGGAUCCAGCAACCUGUCUUCGCCUCCGUUGACGAACUCAGGGAGCAACACUCUACCGAGACCCCAGAGCCAAACUGUGACUGAAAACUCGACGGAAACCCACGAAAAGUCCUAUUAUUACGAGCUCAUCGAGGAGACGAAGACCGAGAAGACCGAGCGUCGUCCUAAAUCGGUGAAAGAGAAGAGCCUCAACUGGCCGCCGCCGAAGCCUAUCGAGGAGGUCACGUACCCCACAGCGAGUCCUCUGUACAUCGACCCGAACCCAGUGCUCGAUAAAAGAAGCAGACAGGCGGUGAAGGAGAAGAAGGCCUGCAUCGAGGCCUGCGAGAGGGCCUUGACGAGGAAGAGGUGCGAGAGUGUUGACCUCGAGGUAGAAAGGGCAACUGGACAGUAUUAUCGGUACGACGAGGACCCGAUGGAUCGCGUGAGUUGUCCAGGUCCCGUGUACAGGAAGGUGGAGCUGGUGGAGUCCAGCGACAGACAGUCGAGGAGCGAGAUCACCUCGAGGCCCAGCUCCACCGACAGCGUCAGGAGAUCGUUGACGCCCACCAGGAUCGUUCAACCGGUGCCGAAGCCGUGGACCGCCACCGUCACGACGGGUGGUAGCCUCUACGAGCAGAGCUACGGGGUCGAGCAGCCCAAGGUGUGCAAGAAGUUCCAUCAGAAGGAGAUCUGCCAACGCGAACGGAUAUGCGAGAGGAACCAGCCGUUCAGGGAGGAGCAUCGCUCGUUUCACUCGACGGUCUGUCGACGGGAGCAAACGAUUUGCGACAAGCCACCCCUGCCGGUCCAGCACACGAUCAAGCAGGAGGAGACGAGGGAGGAGGUGACCGAGAUCGAUAAAGAGGUGACAGACUUGAGAUCGGCUGAGGAGAUCGCCGAAGAGGACAGCGACGACAAAGGGAUCGGUGGCGAGCAUGACCUCAUCACCGAGACCACGGAGGAGGACGUCGACGGGAUGCACGUGAAGAAGAAGAUGACCUUCGAGAAGACUGUAGAGAAGAUUCCGUCCCCGGCGCGGCCAAGUACUCCUACGGUGACGGAGGAGACCACAGAGGAAUGCUACACCAGGACGAGCGCCACGCGAGUGGACACGCAAGUCCAAGAGAGGACGGAGGAGACCACGGAGGAGAAGACCGUGGUGGAGUCCGCGGAGGUGGUCACGUCGGCGGUGGACGUCCAGCAGAUGCUGGAGAGGGCCAAGCAGGAAGAGGAGGAGCAGAAACGAGAGGCGGAGGAGGAGGAGAGGCGGAAGCAGGAAGAGGAAGAGAGGAAGAGACGCGAGGAAGAGGAGAAGUGGCAGAGACGGCUCGAAGAGGAACGAAGGAGACAAGAGGAGGAGGAACGUAGCAGCAAGCACGUGACCUUCGACGAAGAGGUCGUGGAGGAAGUUCACGAACAGCCCCUGGGGAGAACCGUCGUUCGCGAGGAGAGGGUCACGGAGGCGGAGGGCGACACUCCUGGAAGCAAGAAGCUCAUCAAGGAGACUUACGAAGAGAUCACGGAAGAAGUGCUGGUCCAGGAGCGCGUCCGGAAGAUGGACAUCGAGGACGAGCGUAGGAAGAGUCUGAGGGAGCAGGUGGAGGUCCACCAGAGCCUCCGGGAACAGCAGGCUCCUAAAGAGCGACGAGUGUGCUCCAAGUACCCUCCGCCUCAGGAGAUCAUGGAGACCAACAAGAAGCACGUUCAGUUCGUCAAGCAAACGGAUAGCGGGCCUAAACCUAUACCCCAUUCCGCCAUUCAGAACUCCACCCCUAAAGAGUGGAAGUCUGAGAUGGUGAACGCUCUCACGACCGCACCUGAUCGACCCUUCACGCCUUGCAGCACGUCUUCCAGCGUGAAAGAAGUGUACACGGAAGAGACUAUAUACUUGGACCACAGAUGUCGACCCAAACCGCCGCCGCAGGACAUCAGGCCCAUCUCCCCGUUCCAACAGGCCCUGAUGAUCGCUCCGGAACGUCCUUACACACCCCUCAGUCGCGAGAUAGGCCCCGAGGACCAGAAGAUCUGCAGUCGUUCGGAUACACCUGUAAUUCAAGGAGAGAGGAUAUGUCCACCCGCUGAUAUUCUCUUUGGAGAGCCUAGACCUAAACCGGCGCCCUCUCCGAAGCCUAGCGGACCUAGACCACUGCCCACUCCGCCGCCAGACUUUCGUCUUCGCGACAGAGACGCCUCGGCGUCGCCGGUGAGGUCUCGACCUCAAACCCCUAGCAAUAAAUGUAUAACGGCUACCUUGAAGAAGCCGGACACCAUACCUUCUUAUCAAAAGCACUUGGUAGCCAUGAGGCGAGGGGCUGUCGAAAGUCAGACGUACCAACCUGCCAGCAGAACGCCAACACCGACUCCAGGGAGGUCCAAAUCCCCGGCUCAAGGACCGCCGGAGCCUCCUUCUUGCUAUGUGAAGGCCCACGCUCCCAGAAUCAGGGACGAUCCUCCUCCCAAGCGGAGCUCCGUGCACUUCCCUACGAAAAAGAGCGUUUCUUACAAAGUGGACGAGGACACGGACGACGGGCAUAAGCACGCCGAGUACGCGGCCACCAAAACGGUGGAUUUCGAUGAGAAACAAACCGACGAUCCAGGUCAGGGUCCGACGGAUGCUAUUCACGCACAGUACCAGGAGAAACGGUGCAUGACCAGCGAAGAGACGAACCAGGGGAAGCAGUCCGUGGUGAAGAAGUCCCUGGAAGUGGUAGAAGAUUUUGAAAGGUGCGAGAAAAGAGCUCCGACGAAGCCGUUACCUGAGCGAGGAGAGAUGAGAGAACAUAAGAGCGUAUGCGCUAUAGGGAGAACCAGCCCAACCUGCAAGCCUUCGCUGCCCUGUCCUAUGGGCUCCCAACCGGAGUUCUCGCCGCAACCGGUGUACAGCAGCUCCACAGAAGUGCGUCACGUCAGCUACGGAGCACCUCCGGCUUCCAAAUCGUGUCCAGACACCGGCGUGACCGUGCUACCUUGCAAGGCUGUCUCCGAUCAGGGUACUAAAGCUGGGGUAGUGGUGGUACCUUGCGAGGGCGUCAAGCCCUGCUGCCAAAGAUCAGGCGUCUGCGUUAUGUCAACCCCCGAUCGGUCCGGUGUGUGCGUCUCACCUUGUUUCGGCAUGCAGACGGGAACCUGUGGUCAACCCUCGGGACGCUGCGGCCGCGAAUCCGCUUGCGACAUCGAGCUACCGUCCAACUGUCCGACUUCCGGAAUUUGCGUGUCACCGUGCGAAGAUGGUUCCGUAUGCGUCGCGCCCUGUAGCAAACCAGGAGGAAUUUGCCCCAAGACGAAAGGACUUCCCUUUCCUCAGAUCCCUUUCCCGUUCGAGGAUACCGAUCCAACUCCAGCUCCAGCUCCAGCUCCAGCUCCAGCUCCAGCUCCAGCUCCUCAAUGCAGAAGCUCCUUCGAGCCUAUCCACAAGCCUCGCACUAACCUGAGUGGGCAGCUCGCGCGAUUGACCGCCAAGACAGGCCAAAAGACCCUCAGCCCCACCGUUCAAUUGUACAAACCCCCAGCUCAAGCUCAAGCUCAAUCUCAGACGCAGAGCAGUUGCGAGACAAGUAGCUACUGCUGCAAGACCCAAAGUUACUGUUCCACCCAAACCCGCUGCCAGUCAGGUAAAUGUUCGACCAACACCCGCUGUCAAUCCGGGAGUCGAUGCGAGACCCAGAAUAACUGCCAGGACGGUGUCCACUGUUCCCCCUCUAGCAAUACCCAGAGUUUAGUAGACCCACCAAAUUUGUCAUCCCACCCGGAUCUAGGUACCGGAGUCGGUGGCCUCGGUGGUCCAGGGUCGAAGAACGGAACAUUCGCCGGCAGCAGCGCGCCUAAACGCGGAAGGGGAGUCCUAAACCAAGCUGGUGGACCGGGAUCUAGGGUACCCCUCUGCGCCCAUUGCAACUCUUACGUCAGGGGGCCCUUCAUCACCGCCUUGGGACAAAUUUGGUGCCCCGACCACUUCGUCUGCGUCAACACCCAAUGCCGUCGACCGCUUCAGGACAUAGGAUUCGUGGAAGAGAAGGGCCAGCUCUAUUGCGAGUACUGUUUCGAACGCUUCAUCGCGCCGUCCUGCAACAAAUGCAACAACAAGAUCAAAGGCGAUUGUUUGACCGCGAUUGGAAAGCAUUUCCACCCUGAAUGCUUCAAAUGUUCGUAUUGCGGCAAGCUCUUCGGCAACAGCCCGUUCUUCCUCGAAGAGGGACUGCCCUACUGUGAAGCUGAUUGGCACGAGCUGUUCACGACCAAGUGUUUCGCGUGCGGAUUCCCAGUCGAAGCUGGAGAUCGUUGGGUAGAGGCCCUGAACAAUAAUUACCACAGUCAAUGUUUCAACUGCACGAUGUGCAAGAAGAACCUCGAGGGCCAGAGCUUCUACGCGAAGGGAGGACGUCCGUUCUGCAAAAAUCAUGCGCGUUAAUGUCCACCCGUCACGACCCUAACGCACGAAAGGAAAAGGGAUAACUGGGAUUCAUGGGAGGGGAGGGGGGAUACCAGAAAAUAGAGGGAAAAACGACAAAAAAAAAAGAAGAAGAAAGUCGCGGACAAGACGCGAAUAUUAGCUUUAAGGGCACGAAUUCUUUCUGCACGAAUUGUACUUUACCGUGAUCAUUUCUUGCUCUUCUUGUAUCGUAUCGGUCGACGACACCGUUACGGAACUAACACAGCGAGACCACUCGCUGAAUUCUAAUCAUAGGACGAUCGACGAACGUAUUUAUUACGAACGAAUACGCUGAUAAAAUACACUGAACGAAUACGCUAAUUCGAUGGAUUUGAUCGUACUUCCUCGAUUAUUUCGCACCGCGGGGUUCAUCGAAGUCGUCAAGGAAGAUCUGUCCUUUCAAGGAUGUUCUAUAAAAAAUUAAUUCGUAAAAUCAAUCGGUAAAGUUUUAUCGAACUUGCUAGUCUUGAUCUAUUCGAGUCGAACUAGAUUCGAAUAUUUAUAAUAAAGAAUUUGGAAGAGGGCAUCUCUAGGACUUCUUCUAUGACGACGGACGGAACGCCACGAAGCGGCGUCGAAUCGAAGCUAAGUCGUCCUCCGACUCAGGCUAUCCGAUAAUUAAUUUCGAGAAACUAGUAGAUAGUUCAGAAAUAAAUGGCAGAUUAACGCGUACUAACACUGAAUAUUCAUAACUCGUUCGAAACAAUGGGGUUCCGAUCGGAAUAGAUUGGUUUUCGCAGGGUUCACAUUCGACGAAGCUGUGGUUUUGAAACGCCAUCUCAUUUACGCCUUUGCGUACGUCGCAAUUUGUUUAACGAAUGUUUACCUUACACGUGUAACGCCACUGGCUUUGUGCAAUAAAGACGUUGAAUAAAACGAAUAAGUUCGGAGUUAGCCAUCGUCUCGGCAAUUUCUCUAAACAUUUCUCUUUCGUUUCUGCCACAAAGAAUCGUAGUCUACCAGCACGGUCUUGCGUAUGAUGCGUACAAAAAUUGACGAAAGCGUGCAACUCGGAGCACCGCCAUUUAUUUUUGAAUUACCUAACGCCUCCGAAGGAAUUGAAACGCAGUCGAAUUAAAAGCCAGUCCUCUAGGGUAAAGGAUGAAAAUCUCAAGGACUUCCGCAGAGUCAGGGAAGCUCCCCUGGGGUGUUGACAUUCCGCGAACCCCAGGGGACCCGAAUACCUCGUAAAAUCGUUGCCGCAGAAAAUUCUGCAACGAUACGACCGACGAGCAUCUCCCCGGGUCGGAUCACGCAAAGGUCAUCCGAGCAAUUAGUAUUACCAGCAUUAUCACAUAUUUCCUGCUCUCAAGGUGGAUCCUGGCGCGUCGUCACGAAAAUGUCGACCCCCCACGAUUCAGAUCGCACUGCGUUUCGACUCGGAGACGUCCUGGUUUUGACGUUCAACAACUGCAGUCCGGGAAGACACUCGGAGGACCGGAAGAAGGUUCUCUGGUACCGAAUAAGCUUCUAGAAGGCCCGGAGCAUGUAGUACGACUGGCCAUUAACUUCUCGACACGUUCACAGUCCUGAAAAAGAAAAAUGACCGUCAAGACUAUCCUGGCCCAUCCACAACUGUGCUUGACCUAGGUCGAGGGACAGUGAGCGUGUUAUUCUUCGGUUUACGCUACCGAGAAGCAAGUAAUGGCGCGCUAUUCGUUUGAAUAAUGGAUUGCCAACGACCCACUUAUUUCGUAAAUGGAGGAACUGGUCUAGAUGAUCGUUAAUUGACGGAUACCUGAUUCGCGAUCGUGGGGGGACACUUGUUACCUUUAUCGAGCCGGGGAGCGGAGCUAGGGAUCCUCGUGCAUGCGAGUCGCGUCGUAAAUCAUCCGCGCGAACCGUUCUUCGAGACAGCAUGGAUCAACUUCCUUCUGUUGUUUAAUCGUUCGACCCGUUUCCCGAUUCAAGGUUCCCAGGACACGCGAGAGGAACCUAACGAAAGCAAAAAGAUCGGCUUCGAGGAUCGAGGGACUCGCACUUGAUAGCAGUUGCCAUAUAAUUUUUAGACAAGGUUACCGAUUUCUGUGCCAUCAUCGCGGGCUCGUGUCAGACAGUAGCUGAAGUAGAAGGACGUUUAAGAAAUAGUUGCGAAAUUUUAGUGCGUAAGGAACCGCGUUUGGUAUCGAUCGGGGGCGUCGAUCUCGAUGCCAGGGGUACCGGGUAUCUCGAAACCCUCGAUACGUCCGCUUGGCGAGCACGAAUGAGCGCGAUUUGUGAUUAUUGUUAAUUGGGUCGACUGCUGGCUGAGCACCGCACGAGCCUCUGUAUCCGUGUUACGUGUUGCUUACAAUAAAAUAAAAUGUUCAUCUAAGAUUCA